CUUGUCUCCCAGGGAAUUUCCCUUUUUCUUCUUCUUAGCUUAGCAACAGUAGUGCAUUAAUGGAGUUCCAUGAUAUUUGUACUAUGUAAAUGGUGAUGAGGGUAAUAAUGAUAAAGAGCGGGCUUGGACGUUAGCCUAAAAAGUCCUGUGGUUUUCUCUCCUUUUCGGAUUUCCACGUAAAAAUAGCUAGUUCAUACACUUUUAUAUAUUUAUUUGUUUUUAUACCGAAUCCAUUGUCCUUAAUAUCCGAAGUUUAUGUUGGGCUUUCGGAUCUACGGGACUAAACUUCAACAUUGGCGUCGUCUGUGGGAAACUAUCAAAAAGCGUGACAACGUGUUCUUGAUUUUAUUAAUUUUGAUUCGAAGAAGAACUGAUUCCAGCAUGAGAAGGAAGAAAAAUUGAUGCUAAAAAAAACAAACUGUUCCUCAAAGGGAGAAAGCAGAAGGCCAAAAGGAGGUCUGCGAGCCAACCAUGGCUUUUUUGUUAUCAAAGAUGUGUGGGACCCGCGAGCCCACUGGCCUGACAAUACAGAAGAAUUCCCACCCUCACGUGGGACACUUGACACAACAAGUGGGUGAUUUGACAGAUUUGUGGUUAUCCAAAAAUUGAGCACAACAUCCCGAACGUUGAACGAGAGUUCCCGAACACCCUCCCUUGCACUUCCCCUGUAAACUGGUGCUCAACCCUGGGAUGGGGAGAGGCUAGCCCCAGGGCAUUCCUCCUAUUAACUUGGAACCAAUCCCGAACGUGUUGAUAAGGUCGAACAGAGUCUGCGUGACCAUCAGUUAACUCCCAGUGUACCGAUGGGUUCCCAAGUAGCAUGCAACAUCCUGCAUCGAACAGGGAGCUCUGGAAUCCAUCACCUCAUGCGCUGACCAGAGUACUGAAACUUUCUAUCUUAGUACCAACCUGGUCGAGGAUGUGAUAAGGGAGCACAACCCACCGCCCGGCAUGCAUCCCCUGCCUUGCACCGACAAUCCGGUAUGCUAGACCAACCGGUCGUUCCAUUAAUCGGCAAUCACGGUUGAUCCGUGUCCAUAUCACUCCACCACACCAGCCCGACAUAUUGAUCGCGAGUAUGCAUGCACGGGGAGGCCCUCUCCAUGAGCGAGGAUAUGGACCGGGAAAUAUAGGAAGGUUGCUGAUUUGACUUUUUCAGCAAAACCAAUGGCCACCCAGCUCAGGCCGCCUCCAGACAUUAUCACCGAUCGGGACCAGGGCGGCAUAGUACUCGACGUUAUCAGCUUCUCUCAGCCGAUCACCCCCUCCGUCAUCCCAUCCGGCAUCAUCCCGUCUGGCAUCAUCCCGUCCGGCAGCGUCAAGUCCUGCGUUAUCCCGUCUGGCAUCUCCUUAUUGGAUGGGUUGUGUCUUGCCGAAUGGCAAUCAAGUCCGACAGUCCACACCAGAGCUAUGUUACUCGUCCUUGGUAUUGAUCGGCCAUUGUUGCCAAACUUACCACUAGGAGGAAGGAAACCACCUCGAGCACGAGUUUCCACAUAGGCUCCCUAACGAGACACGUUGAAUCAUCCGGCAACAAGUAUGGGUAACCUGAAUCAGCCAGCCUUUUGAUCUGGGACCUCCAUGCACUCCCGUACGGGAUAGCCCUCGAUGAAGAUAAGCAUUUUAUCAUGGGUUCCCGAUGAUGGGGGCUACAUCUGGAGAGAAUUAAAGCAGUAGUUGGAUCAAGUUAUAAGCAGUUGGGCUAGGUUGUUAACGGGCUGGGCUACUAAGCAUCUCAAACUGGAGUGAAGUUGAUAAGUUUCCUUGCUUAUGAAAGCAACUGUUGAACUUGCCAUGGGGAUGCGUUACUAUUCCACUGGCCUGGAUCACUUCUUCAUCAACCAAUUAAAAUCUCAGGGCCAAUAACUUGGCCUCGCAGCUGAUACUCAGCCUAUUUCAGCUAAGUAACAUCAUUCUUUCACCAUCUGUUUCAAUUUGAGAUAGUUUUCAUGGCUAUUAUUGCUUUUAUCACCAUUGUUAAUUAGGGUUGAAGGCAACCCGAUCUUAAUAAUGUGGAGCUAAGCUCGGGUGAUAAGUUCACCGUCAUUUCUAAAUUAAGUGAAUAAUUUUAAGGGUCGUUGGAUUACCCGAUCGGCCUGAAAUAACGGUCGGAGUGUCAUAGAUGCCACCCAUGGGCUUGUUCGGUACUAACGGUACAUCCACAAAAAUAUUUAGUGAAAUGAUGUAGUAAUAUUACUAUUUUAUUACACAUCGCCAUUAUUUAAUGCUAAACAAAGCUUUAUAAAUAGGGUCACUAACGUUUUAAUUAAAUGCUUGGUUUGAGUGGUCGAUCGAUCCACUCCCGACCAGCCUUAAUGAAUUGACCGAAGCGUCUCGCAAGGGCGUAACCCGGUGACGUAUCUUGAUUUUGGAAACAUUCAUGAUCCUGAUCGGCAUUAAAUGCCCGAACGAUAAUUGCACCCAGUACGGGGCGGAUUGCAUAGUUUAUGUUGCAGUUCGAGAAGAAAAUCUAGGCCAAAGGUGAUGAUUACCGCUUCAGCCAGUAGUCAUGAAUGAAAAAUAAAAAUUAAAAGGAAAAUGUUAUACAUGUAUGAUUGCAUAUACUUGUGUAUGUUGUCGGCCGUACGGCCGUAUUACUAUGCUUAUUGUGUAGUGGAAUCCGUUCGAUAUGUUCGAGCUGGGAGAUCCAUGAUGUUGGCAUGAAGCGCGGAGACGUUCAUGACCGACAAGGAAAUGAAGUACAAACAUGAAAGGCCGUUCGAUAUGUUUGAUCGGGGAGAUCAGUAACGUUCGACAUGAAGUGCAGACACAUUCAUGACCGGCAAAGAAGAGAAGCAAAGCCGUUCGGUCAGCUCAAACGGGGAAAUCACGAAGCGCGAAGAUGUUCGUGACUGGCAACGUAAAGCGAUUCAAGCAAAGUCGUUCGGUCAGCUCGAACAGGGAGAUCACGAAGCGCAGAGACGUUCGUGACUGGCAACAUAAAGAGAUUCAGGUAAAGUCGUUCGGUCAGCUCGAAUGGGGAGAUCACGAAGCAUAGAGACGUUCAUGAUGAAAAAAAUAAAGAAAAAGAUACCAGGAAAGAAGUCCUACGAGAUACCGUUCGGAGCCGUUCAAGAUUCAGAAAAGAAGAUAAAGAAUUCAGAAACGGGAUAGAGAAUUCAGAAUAGGAGAUAAAGAGUCCAGAGAACUCCAUGACUAGCAAUCCGACCCCACCAUUCGUCAUCUAGAUCAAGCAUCACGGGCAGGGGGCGCCUGCAAGACCCUCAGACAUUCUUGAUUACGAUCGGCCACCCCGGCACGACGUGAUCAUCAUUGAGAGUCUCAGCGGUUAACAACUCCAUAAUCCACGGAGGGAGACUUAUUGUUCGGAUCAUCAUUGACUACUUCUAUACCUUCACAAUCGGCCACCCCGGCACGAUGUGAUCAUCAUUAAUAGAGUCCUUGUAUUAAAAAAGAGAGAGAUAAGGAAUUCAGGGCUCCCCAAUUGUCACUUUGACUGUUAGUAUAGAAGAACCGAACGUUAACAUUGAGAGUCUCAUCUCAGCUUUUAACAUGUAGAAUCAUUCCGGAUGACCGAAUGAUGAACAUGUUAACAGUUUGGAGGGAGCCAUCAUCUCAGCUAUCAGAAUUUGACCCUAUGCUUACGAACGGAUAAAGGGAUCAAAACGGCUUGGAGAUGGUGUAAAAACCAUAAGUAUGGACGAGCUGAGCGACGUUCGGUAACAUGGAUUGUCGUCCGGGGGAUCAGAACUAUGGUUUUAAAAUCUCGCCUCAGUCGUUAACUUGAUUUGGAAGUGAGUCGCCAUUUUAGCUAUAGGUAAGAUAUGAUCCGAUCCGUGGAUCUGACUUAUAACUUGAAGAUGGUCAUCUCAAACCCCUAAUAAGGAUGAUUCGGAUCGGAAAAAACCGGACGGACUACAUCAGAAUUUUGGGUUUGGAAAAUAUGGAGUCUCACCUCAGCUUUUAACACGUCAAAUCAUUCUAGAUGGCCGAAUGACGAACGUGUUAACAGUUUGGAGGGAGCCAUCAUCUCAGCUAACAGAAUUUGACCCGAUCAAAACGGCUUGGAGAGGAUGUCAGAACUAUGAGAGUCUCACCUCAGCUUUUAACACCUGAAAUCAUUCCGGAUGACCGAGUGAUGAACGGGUUAACAGUUUGGAGGGAGCCAUUAUCUCAGCUAACAGAAUUUGACCCAAUCAAAACAGCUUGGAGAUGAUGUCAAAACUGUAAGUAUGGACAAACCGAGCCACGCUUGGUAACCCUAAAUAUGAAGGAACCGGGAGUUCAGGAUUGGAAGAUACAAAAAACAAUGAAAUAGCAAGAUUGGGGAAAGAAUCGAGUUUUAUUCUUCAACACUACUCGCCGGAAAGUACAAAAGAAAUCAAGAGUAAUACAACUCGGGCAAAAUAUUAUGCUACUGAAUGAUCCCUGAUCGGGGAAGAUAGAGAUUGAGAACCGCCAGCCUGCGCCGGAUCAUCAGAAACUGCCUUCUGUCUUUAGUAUGGGUGGCCUGGAUCAUCGGAACUAUGGUAUUGGAGGAUGGCGAGUCGAGUCGAGUCUAUGUUUGUCGAGUCGAGUCCAUGUUUGUCGAGUUGAGUCGAGUCGAGUCCAUGUUUGUCAAGGUCAAGCCGAGUCGAGUCAGGUCCACGUCUAUCGGAGUUGAGUCAGGUCCAUUCCUUUCGACUAUGGCAAUAUAAGGACCAUGGCAAUGACCAUGGCAUCGUAAGUCCAUAUCACAGCAAAGACCAUUUUUUAUGCAGCACGAACAGGCUCCACAGCACCGUCGUGCCUUACUCUCGGUCGGGCUCAUCCAUCCUUGAUCUAGGAUGACGACCGUCGCUUUUAUGCAGCACGAACAGGCUCCAGAGCACCGUCGUGCCUGACUCUCGGUCGGGCUCGUCCAUCCUUGAUCUAGGAUGACGAUCGCCGCUUUAUGCAGCACGAACGGCUGGCUCAUCAGCGCCGUCGUGCCUUCUUUUUUAUCGGGCUCGUCGGUUCUUAAUCUAGGAUGUCGACCGUCACUUUUAUGCAGCACGAGCGGCUGGCUCUACAGCGCCAUCGUGCCUAGUGUGGGGGCUACACCUCACCUGUCACUUAUGCAUACCUUGCGUCCGAGACUAUUCGAAGACGCCGAUUCAAGAAAGGCAAGGAGGGACGUGAGCAAGAGUAUACUUUCUCGAGUAGAUUCACAGGCUCACUACUCAAGAAACUGGGGGACUUGUGUUGGGGAAUAUUAUCCCGACCUACUACUGUUCAAAGGCCCAAGUCAUCACCCGGAAUGAAGCCCGGUCAGCAAGGCCAAUUUAGGCCUGCCCAGCCCGUUUCGGCCUAACCGGCCCGCUAGGAUAGGAAUUAGGCCCAUUAAGGUCCAAUCGGCCCACUAGGAUAGGAAUUAGGCCCAUUAAGGCCCAACCGGCCCGUUGGCCCAUAAGAGUAAACCCCACCCCCCUUCUAUAAAUAGGAAGCCUUGCUUCCAUGUAAAGGAUGGACUUUUUGGUUCUUCUCUCCCAGGGAACUUCCCUUCUUCUUCUUAGCUUAGUAACACUACUCCAUUAAUGGGGUUCCAUGAUAUUUGUACUAUGUAAAUGGUGAGGAGGGUAAUAAUGAGAAAGAGCGGGCUUAGACGUUAGCAUAAAAAGUCCCGUGGUUUUCUCCUCUUUCCGGGUUUCCACGUAAAAAUAGCUAGUUCAUACACUUUUAUAUAUUUAUUUGUUUUUAUACCGAAUCCAUCGUCCUUAAUAUCCGAAGUUUAUGUUGGGCUUUCGGAUCUACGCGGCUAAACUUUAACAAUGAUUUUUAGUAAAUAAAAUUUAUAUAUUCAGAAACUACAUUAAAAGUUUUAUAAAUCUUGAUGAAAAAAAUUAAAUUUGAUAAACAUUGAAUAUAUAAAGUAAAAUAUUAAGAACAAAUCACGUUGACCGAAGAAUAGUGGACGGGAAUUGAACCUUUAAAUGGGACGGAUGGAGUAUUACUAUUAUGAAACGUCAAAAAUUGGAUUGAAUAUGAAUAACUUUAUUUAUAAUAAUAUCUUACUCGUAAUUGUUAGAUUUGUGAUGUUGAGAAUGUACAUUAGUGUUGAUGGAGUAUAUGGGUCUGAGCCCCAGGACCCACAUACUCAGAAGAACAGAAAGCACAAGACACUGAGUGGUGCCCUCGUCGGCCAAGGGACCCCCGUCGGCCGGAAAGGUACCAACUCAGAAUAUGGUCCUGAAGCCAAGGAACCCGGGUGCCCUCGUCGGCCACGCCCUCGUCGGCCACGAAGACCUCACAGAACCAGAUUUCAUACUUAAUCAUUCUUAUCACUUUGUAUCUCGGCCCAGUAGCGGUCCAGUUGUAAAUGGGCCUCCCAAGCCCAAGGCUUGGGAGCCCAGCCCGUAUUUUCUCUAUAAAUACUCCCCUUGGGAGUAGUUGUAGGGGUUCACAAAAUUCAUUCUAUUGAAGCAUAUCUUGCACUUCUCUCUCUAGCUCUCACUUCUCUCUAGAAUCUAAGACAAUUACUCAUUUACUCUAUCAAGUGUAUAUUCAUCAAACUUUAAAAUCUAAAAGUUUAUCAAAAGGAUAGUGAUGUCAAUUCUCUAAUUAUUUUCCCGGAUGAUAUUCAUAUGCAAAGUUUCAUAUUUGUACCGAUAUGGUGCUAUAACAUUCAGUAAUAUUGACAUUAUUUUGAACAUUGUGACGUUUGUGUUCAAAAAUGAAAAGAAAAUAACACAUUGUUGUUUCCUAAGAUUUUUACACUGC